CUAAAAUCUGUAUUGUGGACUGCAAGGAACGGACAAUGACAGACACCAAUAUAACAGUAGGAUUUUGGACAUAAUCGAACAAUUUAGUAUUUCUUAUAACAAUCAUAGUGUUAUUUAAAAUAUUCAUUUGAUACAGGUGGAAAUGAGAAAAAUGUUUCAAGAGUUAAAUCAUCACCUAGGAUUGACCAACAAACACAUUAAAUCAUUAUUGAGAAUUGACCAACAAACACAUUAAAUCAUCAUUGAGAAUUGACCAACAAACACAUUAAAUCAUUGACAAUUCACCAACAAACACAUUAAAUCAUUAUUGAGAAUUGACCAACAAACACAUUAAAUCAUCAUUGAGAAUUGACCAACAUACACAUUAAAUCACUGAGGAUUGACCAACAAACACAUUAAAUCAUUAUUGAGGAUUGACCAACAAACAAGUUAAAUCAUCAUCUAGGUGAAUACAUUAAAUAAUGCUUGACAUUAUAAAUUGUUUCCUUUCUUACAGUUUGACACUCGUGUGAUGUCCAUGGUGUGUGUCAAUGAUGAGAUGGUCCUCAUCGGGACAUUGUCCUGGUUUGUGUUUGCCUACAACCAGGACACAAAGUAAGGAAUGUGUCUGACUUUUCUCAACUUUAAUUCCUUGUAUCACUUUGUCUUAUGUAUGUAUGUUAACACCUAAUCUAAGGACCGGGACAGGGGGAGGGGAGAUAUUUGGACCCAUGUUCAAUUAAUUUUGACAAAACUACAUUGUAAUAUUAACUCUUUAAACAUUCCCAAUGAUUCAUUUCAAAAGAAUAUUUUCCAUAUGGGCCUAUUCAUUGGUAUUAUAAACAUUUGCCGUAUAUUCACUGAUAUUAUAAACAUUUGGCAUAUAUUCACUGGUAUUGUAAACAUUUGCCAUAUAUUCACUGGUAUUAUAAACAUUUGCCAUAUAUUCACUGGUAUUAUAAAAAUUUGCCAUAUAUUCACUGGUAUUAUAAACAUUUGCCAUAUAUUCACUGGUAUUAUAAACAUUUGCCGUAUUUUCACUGGUAUUAUAAACAUUUGCCGUAUAUUCACUGAUAUUAUAAACAUUUGCUUUAUAUUCACUGGUAUUAUAAACAUUUGCCAUAUACUUACUGGUAUCAUGAACAUUUGCCAUAUAUUCACUUAUGUAUUUAACUGUUAUUCCCAGGGAAAUGCUAUGGCAGCAGAGAUUGCAUGACGCUGUCCUGUCCAUGGAGGUCUAUCAAGAUGAUGACGGUGACAAGUCACAAAGGCUGUUUGCUGGCCUGGCUGAUGGCACAGUGGCUAUUUUUGAGGUAGUCAUUUAACUUCUUGCUUGUACACUUACAUAUGUUUGCUGGCAUUAAACUCUCUAUUGUCUUCAUGAUAUGAAAAAAAAACCCACAGAAAAAGAACGUUAAAAUUUAACAAGAAGUUUUUAAAUCCUUUAUAUUAACUUCGCUUUUGUUUGUCGCUGGCUGGCAAAAUCUUCAGACAGCUCAUUGGCCCAGAACCCGUCAAGCUACCGAGCUGAAACGGCCCAUAGACUCAUUGCUGAUGAUAACAUAUUCUAUCAAAUUUUCAGCCCAAGCACAACACCCAAAAAUAAAUUUUUACUGUUGUUCAAGGAGGAGAUAAAAAAAAAAUCCUGAUAAAUGAGAUUCUUUUUUUAAAAAAAAAUAUGUCAAGUGCGUUUGGUGCUUUACAUUUUCUUUUGUUUUUCUAAAAUUGUUGGUGAAAUAAAUCUUCAGUUUUAGAGCGGGUGGGUCAUUGGAAUAUUAAUAAAGUUAAGUUGCAUGAAAAAAAAUGUGCCUUGAUGUGGGGAGCACCAAUUGGGAUUCUUACUUGUAUGCAUGUUUUGUCAAAUUUUUAGUCCCACCCCCAUUGCUCAAUAUUACAUUUUAUAAAGGAUUUAUAUGAAAUAUUUGUUUUUGAUUUUUAAAUUAUGUUAUAGCAGUUUUAUGUAAGAGCUUUCUUUAUUAAUUAUGACUUAUAUUAAAGUCUGACUUUAUGUUUCACAAACUGCUGGAUAGACGCAUACAGUUUAAACUGAAUUCGUGCUUCAAUCUGGUUUUUUAAAUUUUGCCUUUCCUUUUGAUUCAAACAUUUCCACAAUUAGUAAAGUGGCAGGCCACCUAAUUUUUAUAGAUUAAAUUCCCUCUUUAGAUACUGAUUGAUUAGCAAAUUUUAGCUCUGUAGCACUCCAUGAACCAUAACAGCUAGAAUUCUUUGGAACUCCUGAAACCAAAAAAUAUAAAUAUAAUUAAUAUGUACAAAAACUUGCAAAUAUUAAAUAUAGAGCUGGUAGCAAGGUUAAAAUUUACAUUUUGAUAGACAGGAAUCUAGUGUCUUUUUAUCUACAUCCCUGUUCAAUCUUGAGGAAUAUUUUUUCAUUGUACUGCACCUCCACACAUUGUUAUUUAAAUUGUAUUUGUGUUAUCUAUCAGGCCCUGAGUCCUUCUUGUACAAGCUAUGAUCUCUUCUACCUCCCCAUUGGCCAGUCACCUGUCACAUGUCUUCGGUUGCUGGGAAACAAACUUUGGUGUGCUUGUGGGAACAAUGUCUCCAUCAUUCAUGCAAGGUAUUGAAGGAGAACUAAGUUUUUAAAAAGCUACUGAAGCUUUUAUAACAAGAACUUUAACUGCUGUUACCAUCUUUCAGUUGAUUGCUUUUCAAAGUUGUUGGUACUGGCCACCAAUUGGGCAUUUGUAUUACCUUGGCCGGGGGGACAAACUUUUUGUGCGGAGGGCCACAUUGACAAAUGUAAAGCUAUUGGGCCGCAUGUAUAUUAUGUCCAAUUUUUACAUGUCAAUAAUCAUUUCUCUAUAUUAAAAUUGGUAAAUUCACAUUUUAGCAUUACAUGACAAAAGCCAAGGACUGUUUAAAAAAAUACAAAUUUUAGAAUAUUCCAGUUAGCAUAAUUUUCAACUAUUUUUAUAGAAAACAAGACCUGGCUGACCUUUGACCCAGAAUAGAGAUUUUAUUGUUUUUUUUAUUGGCUAAUUUUCCUAUUCUUUCCUCCAGUACCCUUGACCCCAAAGAUAGAUUCACAGUAUCGGCAAACCCGUAUGACACCAUCUUGUCCCUGGUGCCUGGCCUACCCGGCGUGUGGAUCUCGGUGCGAGGAUCAUCUGUCUUAGAACUGUGGGACAAGGAGACACUCUCAUGUCGGAUGUUGUAUGACACUCGGACUGGGAGAUUUCCGAACCUGAGAAAGG